CAGAGCACACCAUGUUGACCUCUGUGCUGUUGUUGCUUCUGCUGGCGAUCAGCAGUUCACACGCAGCUUUUUAUGGUGUCCUACAUACCUACUCUUCAAAAGACCUUCAAGGAGGUGGAUACCCAACAGUGGUCCGCCACAUAUACACGUUUACCACAUGUGAAGAAGUUGAUCAGCUGGCUUGUGGAAGCAACUGCAGUGACCCAGGGGUUAUAUAUAACAAGAUCGAGGAAAUCAGCGGGGAAUGGUGUCAAAAAGAAAGAAUCUUUAUUUGGGUAAAUCAGGCAUUCCAGCAAAGUCAGUCAAGGACCCUUGCUGGAAACUGGACCUACAACUUAAAUGGUAUUGUAGCAUCGCUCAUUACAACCCAGGAUGAAGAGAGGGUGCGCUCUGAUACCAACAAACUCAACACGUCACCCCAAACCACCAUCAUCUCUGUUGUGAGAGUUCCCUCAAACUGUCCAAGAAAUAUCAGCUUGUUGGCCUUUGACCCUGAUGGAGACGAGGUCAGAUGCAGAUUUGCAGAAAAUACAUUAUCAGAGUGCACCGACUGCACACAGCCACCUGUCCUCAGCCUCUCAUCUCCUUGUACUCUUUCAUUCAGCUCAACUAACAGCAGCUCUGAAGGUCCAUAUGCAGUGCAGCUGAUAAUGGAGGACCUGGCUGAACAAACUAUUUCUGUGACUCAACCCAACGGUGGACAGGCGGUGAUAAGUGCAGGCGCCAUAAUCAGCAAGAUACCUGUCCAAUUUGUUUUCAGAGUUGAUCCUGCAGUUCCAUCGUGCACAGAAGGUCUCUACGUGCCCAGAUUCCUGCCUCCGACUCCUGAAAACAGAGCUCAUAUCAGCGCCACUAUCAAUCAGACGCUGGAAAUCAGCAUCAGAGCAGAGGCCACUCAGUCUGUGAUCACUAACUUGGUGUUCAGUGGGCCGUACACCGUGAUCAGGAGCACAUCAGGAUCAGGAAACUUCACCUUGAGGUGGAAACCAACUGACUUUGAAGGAGGACUUAGCCACCCCAUCUGUUUUGUUGUCCAGGCAAAUUUCUCCAGCUCUGUGUAUAACUCUGACCUUCGAUGCAUUGUUGUGACGGUUUCAAACUAUUCAGUACCAGCCGAAUCCACAGCGAUUGUUCUUACUACACCCACACCUAUACAAACUCCAGCCACCCAUUCUCCAGCUACAGCCAUAAUGGCGCCAACAACAGCAGUCACACAACCUCCAACCAGCUCUGCUGCUACAACCACCAUUGCUUUGACGGAUUCAACAACACCUGACCCUAGACCGCAUUAUGUUAUAGCUCUGGAUGCAAUGAUCUCCACUACACUGACACUGGAGGAUAACAAGGAUACCAUCAUGCAACUGCUUAAAGAAGAAUUGAUUCAACAAGGGCUGACAUCAACCAUUAGUCUACGCCUGCUGAACAGCAGUUUAAUGGCAGCCACAACAACAGCUGCCCCUUAGUGGCUAAUUGUGAGAAUGUAAUUUGACUCUUGCAAGGAAAUGUUUCGAGAAGCUUGAAUUCAGUCAUUUUGUUCUUCUGACUCUUUCAGUACAUCUUCUUAAUCAAACUCAUUCAUAAAGCUUUUAGAUAAUUAAAUCAAAUGUGAAAAUAUCUUAAGAUUUUCUUUUGAAUUUAGUGCUUUCUUGUUUUUUAGUGUUUGGAAAUAAAAUAUCGUGGUGCUUGUUGUGUAA